AGGGGGUCAAAAGCUUUGCACUGCAUGUGGGCCAGCUUGUGCUGAAACGCCAGGCAGCCAACAUUGCACGCAAAGGUGGACAGUGUGAUCCACUGUGGACUGGCCCAUUUAGGAUUUUGGAAAUAACAGAAAGGGACACAGUAAAGCUGGCUCACGUCAAGAUUGGACACGAUGAUGUUCCCCUGGCACGGAUGGUGGCUUACGAUCAGCUUAAGCCUGUAAAGUUCGGUGCUCUUCACAGGCCCUCAGAAGAGCUGCCAGCAGGCAGUUCUACUGAUACAGACCCUGAACUACACCUCAAUGAGGAAUUAUACCAAAAAAGACAAGGCCUUUCCAUCCCUGUGUCAGUUACUGCCCCUCCUAAGCCAGGGGACACAAGGCAUCCAGACAGGGAGGAAGACGUCAUUCUGAUCGGAACCAGGGCCAAGGCUGAAAGAGAAGCCGUGUGUCUGCCCCCUGUGCCAGCCAGUCGCCAAGAUCCACAAAUGGAGGUAAUGAUUCAGAUUCUUGAAGAGAGAAGGUGGCUCACUGAUGACCACAUGAAUCAUUGCCAGGCCCUCCUCAAACAUCAGUUUCCCGAGGUUGAUGGCCUCCAAAGCUGUGCAAUAUUUGAGGCGGUGGAGCAUAUUCGUGUUGGUACCCCUAGGGGGAAGUUUGUUCAAAUUAUCAAUGUCAGUAGUAAUCACUGGAUUACAGUAAGUAACAUUCAAAAUUUUCAAGAAGGUAAAGUAAGAAUCUAUGACUCCAUGUUCACUAAAGUCGGUAUGUCCCACCGCCAAAAAUUCAUUGAACAGCUUGGGUGGAUGCUACACACCUCUAGCGAUGCCAUAACAAUGGAAUGGCGUGAUGUUCAGCGUCAGAGGGGCGGCGAUGCUUGCGGCUUGUAUGCCAUCGCCAAUGCUUAUGCACUCUGUGCAAAUAUCAGACCUGAGGAGUGUGCAUGGGAUCAAGAUAGUUUGUACGACUGGCUGGUUGGAUGCCUUCAAGCCGGAGAACUGUCUCAACCCCCUGUAACAGUACCCCAAAGGAACAAUAAGGGUACUGUUCGCACUGAGGUGGAAACAGUCUUAUGUAAAUGCCGUUUGCCAAACAAUGAGACCCGUCCCAUGAUUGCCUGUGAUAACUGCAACGCGUGGUAUCACUUCAGCUGCGAGGGAGUGUCAGAAGCUAACAGCCAGACAUUCCACUGCAGCAACUGCAGGUAACUUCUUUUCAGAUGCUAUUUGAAAAGUACCUAGAGAAGAAUAGGAAGCUGUUUGCUGCAUUCAUGGACAUAGAGAUGGCAUAUGAAAGGGAAGGGUUAAUGGAGUAACAUCCCAUAAACCCUUCCUGUCAACCUUGUCAUAUACCAUCUCUAGGUCCU